AUGUCUCUUGGUAAUCUACACCAUAAAUUUUGUAUAAAGAAUCUCGGAGAACUCAAAUACUUCCUCGAACUAGAAGUGGCGAGAUCUAAAAAGGGAGUUCACUUAUGUCAAAGAAAGUAUGCAUUAGACAUACUUGAGGAAACAGGAAUGGAGGGAUGCAAACCUUCUACUACACCCUUCCUUAGAGACACAAGCCCAUUAUACAAAUUGGACAGCCAUCUUGAUGAUCCUGGACCCUACAGAAGGUUGAUAGGGAAGUUGCUUUACCUUACAAAUACUAGACCUGACCUAUGUUAUACAAUCAAUUUACUUAGUCAGUUUAUGCAAUCCCAUACAGAACACCAUUAUCGGGCUGCUCAGCAUGUGCUCAGAUACAUCAAAUCCACACCAAGUGAAGGAUUGUUUUUCGCUGCUGAUUCACCUAUGCAUCUGAAAGGUUUUAGUGACUCUGAUUGGGCUACCUGCCCUAAUACCAGAAGAUCGUCUACUAAGGCUGAAUACAGAGCCCUUGCUGCCACUGUAUGUGAAAUACAGUGGCUCCAUUAUUUACUUGAAGAUCUUCAAAUUGAAGAAUCUGGAGUUCCAGCCCUAUACUGCGACAACAAGUCUGCUCGCCACAUUGCUCAUAAUCAGAGCUUUCACGAACGGACCAAGCACAUCGAGCUUGACUGUCACGUUGUUCGUGAAAAAAUCCAGGAAGGCCUUCUACAUCUUCUCCCUGUGCGAUCUGAUGAACAGUUGGUCGACGUCUUCACUAAAUUCCCGCAUCGCGUCAGCUUCAAGGAUAUCGUUCCCAAGCUUGGACUGGUUAAUAUACAUUGUCCAGCUUGA